AGACGGCGGCGGGGCCGGCAGCGGGCGCGGACCAUGUUGUGCGCGGCGCGCCGCACGCUGGCCGCAGCGCUGCGCGGGUGGCCGUGCGCGUCGCCCUGGGCGGUCGCCCGAAGGGGCCUGCGCGUCACCGGCUCGCAGCCGUCGGCGGGUCGGGGCGAGCGUCCGGAGGAGCUGUCCCGCGCCUUCGAUCCGGCGCUGCUGGAGUUCCUGGUGUGUCCCCUCUCCAAGAAGCCGCUCCGAUACGAAGCAUCAACAAAUGAGUUGAUUAAUGAAGACUUGGGAAUAGCCUAUCCAAUCAUUGAUGGGAUUCCUAAUAUGAUACCCCAGGCAGCCAGGACAACACGUGAAAAUAAGAAGCAAGAAGAAAUGGAGCAACACUAA